UCGGAGAGAGAGAGAGAGAGGGUGAGUGUGGGGGGAGAGAGAGAACAGAGAGGAGACACUAUAGAGCGAGGGAGAAGUGUGUCUGUGUGUGUGUGUGUGGAAGAGAGAGAGAGUGAGAGAGAGGACAGAGUGAGAGAUCAAGAGAGGAAAAAGUGAGAGACUCUGACACUGCUCCCUUCGGCCUCCUGCUCGGUGUGUUUGUGGUCUGUGGCCUGGCUCUGCUGGGCCUCCUCACGUUCAUCUCCUGGAAGCUGUGCUGGGUGCCCUGGCGGACUAAGGCCCACUUCCCCAGCCCGUCGCUCACCCCGGCCCGCGGCCAGCACCACUGCCCCUUCCCGCUUCCGCCCCCCCCAUCGCCCAGCUCCCAGCAGCCGGCAGUCACCAUGGCGACGGAGAAGGUGAAGGACCCCGUGGGCUCGAUGGGCUCGAUGGGCUUCCUGGAGGCUGCGGUGAAGAUAAGCCACACGUCUCCUGACAUCCCCACGGACGUGCAGCUCUCCAUGAGGGAGCACUUCCUGCGCCGCACGCAACGCAUGCAGAGACAAGCCACCGAGCCAACUUCCUCCACCCGCCACAACUCAUUCAAAAGACACCUGCAGGUGGGAAGUCUCGACCUGGGAAAUGACUUCAUGAUGGACAAAGAGGAGAAGCCCACCAGCAUCGGCCGCAUCCAGCCGGAGCUCUACCAAGCGAAGACCCCGGAGUCGGAGGAGUCGUCCAAGAACGGCAGCAGCAAAAACUGUGGCAGGAUUAACUUCUCCCUCAAGUACGACUACGAAAACGAGGCCCUGUUGGUGAACAUCCUCAAGGCACUGGACCUGCCCGCCAAGGACCUGUGCGGCACGUCCGACCCUUACGUGAAGGUCUACCUCCUCCCGGACCGCAAGAAGUUCCAGACCCGCGUCCACCGGAAAACCCUCAACCCCACGUUCAGCGAAACCUUCCAGUUCCCCGUGCCGUACGAGGAGCUGGCCAUCAGGAAGCUGCACAUGAGCGUCUUUGACUUUGAUCGGUUUUCCCGGCACGAUAUGAUCGGGGAGGUGGAGCUGGACAACUUGUUCGAGACGUCAGACCUCUCCAGGGAGACGAACAUAUGGAGGGACAUCCAGUACGCCACCAGUGAAAGUGUGGACCUUGGAGAGAUCAUGUUUUCACUUUGCUACCUGCCGACCGCCGGCAGACUCACACUGACCGUCAUCAAGUGCAGGAACCUCAAGGCCAUGGACAUCACCGGAUACUCAGAUCCCUACGUGAAGGUGUCGCUCAUAUGCGACGGCAGGCGUUUGAAAAAGAAGAAGACGAGCAUCAAGAAGAACACUCUGAACCCCACCUACAACGAGGCCAUCAUCUUCGACAUCCCCCCCGACAGCAUGGACCACGUCAGCCUGCACAUCUCCGUCAUGGACUACGAUCUGGUAGGUCAUAAUGAGAUCAUUGGCGUGAUGCGGGUUGGGUGCAACGCCGAGGGACUCAGCAGGGACCACUGGAACGAGAUGCUGGCCUAUCCACGCAAGCCCAUUGCUCACUGGCACCCCCUGCUGGAGUCUAAGAAAUCCGAGAAGGAGUGGAAGGCGAGGACGGCCAGCUUCGACAGCCAGGGCUCCUGCCCCUCGCCCCGCCCCCCCGCCAGCCCCUGAGCAGAGCCACCUGUGACCCGGCCGCCCAGAAGGGGGUUUCCUCCCUCCUGCUGACCCACGUCCUGUCUGUCUGAUUGAGGAGAAACACAACCCCACUGUCUCUCUCCCUCUCUCUCUCUCUCUCUCUCUUUCUCUCUCUCUCUCUCCUUCUCUGUCCUCCGUCCCUCGAGUCUAGUCCCGGAGCACUCUCCCCCAGAACUGAUCUAGGACCAACUGGCUAUGUUGUGUGAAGCACUUCGUCUUUUCAGGGUUUUAGGGGUCUCUGAUUUGAGACGUGGGCGUCCUCGUCCCUCAGAGGAGCCUGGCCGGACAUUUGAUAUUGAGCCGUCCGGGGCCCGAGCAGUGUUCAGCUGCAGAGACUCUUUGAUGGAAGAGCCCAGCUGGGUGCCGCUCGCUGGGAGCAGCAGGGAGUCGGGCUGAGGACACGUUUGGGGUUGAAGGACAGACUCACGUCGGGUUCUCCAGUGCCGCAUUAGCAUAGAACAAUAACCGAACUGUAGCAUUUUGGAACUUUUAGAUGUAAAGCCGUUCCGUCAGGCAUCGUUUUGUGCGGUGAUUUCCAGAGCUCCGGCUGUUCUCCCAGUUUCUUCAGCGAUUUGGCGGAUCCCCGUCGAACCGAGGCCGAAAACGAAAACAUUCUCGUCUUCACGAUUUGAAGCUUUAACGCAAGCGGCCGUGACAAAACAGAUUUGCAGAAUGAAUAAGAAGAAGAAGAAGAAAAAAGAACGGGAUUAUUGUGUUGUGGUUUAUUUUUUCCAAAUGGCUGCAGUGUUGUUGCUGAUUUCAGUUUUUUGUCAAUUCCCAAUAUUAGACGGCUUAAUUCCCUGUUAAAGGCACAAAUAGCUCAAAGUAGAAGAUUUGAAAAGAGCUGUUGGAGCUGUGGAGGUUUCACUGGGGGAAUUGUGAGCACACGUUACACACCUUUACCUCUCCUCCGUUUAACAUUCAGAGCUAACUCACCCUUUUCUUCCAAGUGAAAACUCAACACAAACACUCAUCCUUCAGACAAACACUCUUCAGAACUAACUGUGUGUGUGUGUGUGUAUGUGUGUGUUUUUUUCCUUUUGUCCACACAGAAAAAGAUGUG